AUGACCUCCGAUGAUAACUACACCAUCUUCCGAGAGUGUCUCUCGAGCGCCAUCGUCGCCCGUUCCGAAGGGCAGCCAAAGACCUCCAAACGGCGGGGCAAAGCAAAACGCAAUGGACGCAAAGACGUGACCAGCACAGAAGUCGUCAUAAAUAAGAAUGAACGAGCGGAUCCGGAAGAACUGGCUGAGUUUAUUGACUUUAUAGCCAGUGAAACUUUUACGACAUUCCCAGACGAUCUCAAAACACUCUCCUACUCCGCAAUCCAGAACGAUGCAGUUUUGAAAGCUCGCUACGUCCCAGAAGACCAAGAUAUCCCAAUGAAUCGCACUGUUCUGGACAAUCUUUGCUCCCCGAUCCCGGUCGAGGUAAUAGACACCCUCUCGGUAUACGGCCUCAUCCCGGACGCAAAUGAUCUACCAGAAUUUAUAUCACCCGUGCUGAGCGAGUACAUUUCAAGCGUGACGACUGGGCCUCCCGCGUGGGCGAAUACACGAACAGAUGCGUGUGAGAUUUGCGAGCGCGACUGGAUCCCACUGUCUUAUCAUCAUCUUAUCCCGCGCGGUGUGCACGCAAAGGUCAUGAAGAGGGGGUGGCAUGAGGAGUGGAUUUUGAAUAGUGUUGCGUGGCUUUGCCGGGCUUGUCAUAGUUUUGUGCACCGCAUGGCUAGUAAUGAGGAAUUGGCGAGGGAGUGGUUUACCGUUGACAGGAUUUUGGAGAGAGAGGAUGUACAGGACUGGGCUAGGUGGGUUGGUAGAGUUCGGUGGAAGGCAAAAUAG